AUGCAAGUUGCAAGACGGGAUCUUAGAGACCCUCAGGACAACCCGGCAUUUCAAGCGCAGGAUACCGCGCUAUUGAUCUAUUUACCAAGUGAUACCAUGGUGGAGAAGAGAUGGGUCAAAUGCCUGGGCAAAUUAACAAAUGUCGGUAGUGUAGAUAUCGCAGGUGCUACAAAGAGACUGGAGUAUAACAUCCGGCGGUCUUUCAGGAGGGAGCUAUGUCUUCGACAUGAAGAUAUGCCCCAAGAUAUCGAUAGCUGGUGGGUAAAUACAUUCAAACAGCUCAACGUACCCAUCAUUUUGCACGGCGAGGGCGAUGAGAGGACAAUUCACACACUUUGUACGACAGGAACAUCGGGUUACAGACGGGGAAAUGCGCGCAAUGCCUGUGUCUGGUUUCGUCAAAAGCCGGCUGACCUGGAGGCUUUGCAGGGUUUAUGCCCAGGAAGGCUGCUUGCAGCCUUUAAUAUCAGGGACCCAAGACGAUGGAGGGCCAGUUUCUUGGAUCGACUAGUGGAUGUACGGGGUUACGAAGAGUGGGAUUAG